CGACUGCUAUAUAUUAUUUAAGUGUUACCUGGUGGUGAUGCACGGAGUUUUCCCACCUCCAAUCCACAGCAAAAACGAGACCAGACAAGACAGCUUCUCCCAUCUCUCCCUCUAGCCGGAAAGUUUGAAGUGUCAAUGGGUUACCAAAUGCAAUAAAUUCCUGGAAACUGAUAAUGAUAAGAUUGUUUAUAAGUUUAUAGAGGAUAUUUAGAAAUAUAAAAUUAAAAUGGGAACGGAGGAGGGCGAUGGAGGGAUAUUGAUCCGGGGGGGAAGAUUAUUUCGGUGCAGCAAAGACGAUUUUCUGCCGGAAGAGUCGUUCAGGAGCUGGGGGAGCUAUGCCAGAGCGCUCAAGGACACUCCCUUCCGCUUGAAGGAUCGGCUCCUGACCCGCUCCCUGGACAUCACGGAGUUGGUGGAGGUGAAGGCUCGGAGCCACAACGACAUGAAGAAGAAACUCAACUGGUGGGACCUCAUGUGGUUCGGCGCAGUCAUCGGCGCCGGAAUCUUCGUCCUCACCGGACUCCAGACCAGGGAAGUGGCUGGGCCUGCCGUCGUCUUAUCUUAUGCGGUUGCUGCUGUCUCCGCCAUGCUUUCUGUUUUCUGUUACACUGAAUUUGCUGUUGAGAUCCCCGUUGCAGGUGGAUCAUUUGCGUACCUAAGAGUAGAACUGGGAGACUUCAUUGCGUUCAUAGCAGCGGGGAACAUCCUGCUGGAGUACGUGAUAGGUGGUGCAGCCGUGGCACGUGCUUGGACAUCCUACUUCGCCACGCUAUGCAACCAGAAGCCGGAGGAAUUCCGGAUCGUGGUGAGCAGUCUGCCGAAGGACUACAACCAACUGGACCCAAUUGCAGUGGUGGUGCUGAUGGUCACCUGUGCAUUGGCGGUGGCCAGCAUCAAGGGCUCUUCCCGCUUCAACUACGUGGCCUCCAUCGUCCACAUGCUUGUCAUCCUCCUCAUCAUUGUCGUCGGCCUUUCAAAAGCCGACCCCAACAACUACACCCCUUUCGCUCCUUUCGGAACGCGGGGGAUCUUCAAAGCUUCCGCAGUGCUGUUCUUCGCGUAUGCGGGAUUCGACGGCAUCACCACCAUGGCGGAAGAGACCAAGAAUCCUGGCCGCGACAUCCCCAUCGGUCUGGUGGGCUCCAUGAUCAUCAUUACCUUCCUCUACUGUCUGAUGGCCGUGACGCUGUGCCUGAUGCAGCCGCACCAGGAGGUGGACAAAAACGCCCCCUUCUCCGUAGCCUUCGAAGCCGUGGGGAUGGGAUGGGCCAAAUACAUUGUUGCCGCGGGCGCUUUGAAAGGAAUGACAAGCGUCCUGCUUGUGGGAGCCGUGAGCCAAGGCCGAUAUCUCACUCACAUUGCACGAACCCACAUGAUGCCUCCCUGGUUCGCCCAUGUCCACCCGUGGACUGGGACCCCCAUCAACGCCUCCCUCGUUUUGGCUGCAGCCACUGCUGUGAUUGCCUUGUUCACGGACCUUGAUAUUCUCUCCAACCUCGUCUCCAUUUCCACGCUGUUCAUCUUCAUGCUUGUUUCCCUCGCUCUACUGGUCCGCCGCUACUACGCCACCGGGGUUUCCACGCAUGCUGAUCGGCUGAAGCUGGUCGCGUGCCUCCUGUUCAUUCUUGGCUCGUCCGUUGCCACCUCCGUCUACUGGGGUGUGAGCGAUGAUGGUUGGAUUGGAUACGCGGUGGCCUUGCCCUUCUGGUUGUUAGGAAAUACGGGGCUUUGGCUUUUUGUUCCCCAAGCAAGGUUUCCGAAAGUGUGGGGGGUACCACUGGUCCCCUGGUUGCCGUCCGCUUCCAUUGGAAUCAACAUCUUCCUUAUUGGCUCCAUAGAUAAAGCUUCUUUUGUUAGGUUUGCAGUGUGGACUGUGAUUAUCUUGAUUUACUAUCUUUUCGUAGGAUUGCAUGCUUCCUUCGACAUCGCAAAGGAAUCUGAAUCUCAUCAAAACCAAAAUGAUGCCACCACCCAGUUGGAAAUCAAGGAUCAACCAACACUACCUUGACCUUGUAAUCAAUUAAGUUACAGAUAUAAAAUGCUCAUUGGUAUAUAUUUAUUAUUUCAAUAUAUGUAAACUGAAAUAUGACUUCUUAAUGCUUUUGGCACGUGUGGAUCUAGUCAAAUUCUGUAAUCCAUCAGCUUGUUUCAAGGGUCCAUGAUUGCUUUUGAAAAAUAUAUAUAUAUCGUAUAUGAAUGUUCAACUUA